AUGAUUAAUCAAACUCCUAAUUUAGCUGCGAAACGUAGUGCUUCAUUGCUGGAUUCUGAUCAAACCAAGCCCUCGAGCGAACAACAACAACAACAACAACAACAACAACAACAACAAGAAACCAGUUCAGCUCCCAAGAAGCGAAAGAAGAGAUCCACUGGGACCUUCACUUGUGAUUGCCAGGGUUGUGGGAAAUCCUUUUCUCGAGCCGAGCAUUUAUUGCGACACAAACUCAAUCAUAAUCCCCUGGUGAUUUAUAAGUGUUCGUGGCUCAAUUGCCCCAAGACGUUUGUACGGGUAGAUUUGAGGGAUCGACAUUUAAGACGCCAUGAGGUCAAACUUGAGAAAGAAAAACAAUUGCAACAAUUGGAAAUGAAAUCAAAGAGAAAUUCGGCAUUCCAAGGCAUGGGUACUCUUUCUUUUGGCGAUUUGAAUUCUAAAAACACCAAAUCAGUAAAUAAUUAUGAGAGCAACCUGUCUAUUGUGCAAUCAGCAGUAGCACCACCACCUCAUGUGCCUGUCAUUAUCGGUCAUACCGAAGGAAAUAAUACACCAACUCCACCGGUUGUGAAUAAUCAAAGAGAUAAUCUAUAUUCUCCUGAACGGCCCAACAUGAUGAUUAAACCCCAAAAUCAAAAUGACAAUGAAAAUAACAAUCCAUCCAACGUUAAUAUCCUCCAUCCAAGCAUGUCAAUUAUGAAUAUUAUAUCACUGGUAGACCUGGCUCCGCUUAUAGCUAAUUCCGCAAGGAUCAAUGAAGACUAUAAUGGCUUCAAAGAUGGUGCUACUGCUACCCCAGAUAUAAACCAGAAUAUCGAUGAUAAUGUGGCCAAAAGUCACUAUAAUAACAAUCCUGUGUCAUCUACGAGCGUAAACUCUUGGAUUGACUCCAAUUUAGUGGACAGUCUUGUCGAUUUCACCGGCGACAAUAAUCGUCUUUACGGUGAUCAAAACAUCAGUUAUGGGAUUGAAAAUGAAUAUCUUUUUGGACUUUCACCCGAUACUUAUAUGAAUGAUCUCUUUAAAAUGAUAUCACAACAUAUCACUGAUACAAAUGCCAGCCAAGAUUAUGCGAUAACUACCGAAACCAUGACCAAGCUAUUGGGUAUAAUCCCUUCUUUAGCUGGAAAUCCUGAUGUUAAUAUCACUGCGUUUCAAAAGUGCUUACAGGUAUAUUGGCAAAUUUUCCAUUCUCAGUUCCCAUUUUUGCAUCGACCAUCUUUUGUUGCCAGUGAAGCGCCAGGUUUAUUGGUACUCUCGAUGGUAGUGACUGGUGCAGGGUUGCUAGCAUGUACAAGAGACAAAGGAAUAAAAUAUGUAAGAGAGGCCAAAAAUUUGGCAGAUGCUAUUUGUGUCCCACUUCGAUGGAGGUUAUUUGAAUCGGGCGAUUUCAUUACAUUGCCCGUCAAGACUUGGGUGGUUCAAGCACUAUUAAUCUUAGAAUAUUAUGAGAAAUUUUUCACCAGUAGAGCAUUGCAUGAACGGACUUUUAUUCAUCAUGGAGCAACUAUUCAACUAUUGAGAAGAACUCCUACAUUGGGUGGUAAGUACAACCCAAGAGCGGUGGAUGAAGAAUUUGCCUCAAAAACCUACGAAGAAAAACAGAAACUCAUUUGGGAAAAAUGGAUUGAAUUUGAAUCUUUGAAAAGAACUUUAUUGAUGGCAUUUUACAUUGAUUCCACUCACUCGGCUGUUUUCGGGCAUGCGAGGAUGUUGGAGGUUCAUCAGAUUCAGAUUGAAAUGCCAUGUGAUGAUGAUUUGUGGGAAUCUACUGGAGCUAAUUUCAAACUUGCUUCAGUCGAUUUGAAGCCAAGAUUGUUUUUACAGGAAUUAAGGGGCUUAUUGAAGAAUCAAAGAAUCGAAACCGGAGUGUUUGGUAAACGUAUUCUAAUGUCAGGUUUACUCUCAAUUAUUUUUCAAUUUCAGCAACGCGACUUACAAUCAUCGGUAUUAGAUCUUGGAGAGGAUCAAUUGGGAUCCUGGAAAGAAUAUUUGAGUUUCAUUUUGGAUCAUUUCGCUCAUGAUGCGAUGAAUGGUUGCUGUGAUACUAAAUCAUCGGUAUUGUAUAGUUCAGUCUCCAGUGACAAUGCUGCUACUUAUGAUAGCGAUCCCGAACAGUAUUACUUUAUGGAGAACGAUUUACAUUGCAAGUAUCCUGCAUAUCAUAUGGCGCAGAUUAUAACGAGAAUCAAUCACUAUGACUUGUUAGUGUAUUCUGGGGCUCCGUGGAGAAUGAGUGUUCGACCUGCAAAAUCAGAUUUUGAAACCGUUUCCAAUAGAAUGAAGAGCUGUGCCAAUAGCCCAACUGGGAGAUUGGCGGUAAUUCAUGCUUUUCUUUAUUUAUUUGAAAUGCUUUUGUCACCAUAUGGUACUGAUGAUAAUGGAGAAAAGAAUUAUUACUAUGAAACUUCGAGUGACGCUAUUAUUGAAAGAUCAUUUGUGAUGUAUAUGUCUACUUUAACGAUUUGGGCAUAUUGCUUUACAGUUGAAGGCCCGGAAUCAAAUAUUUUAAAUAAUAUUGAGUAUACAAGAAAGGAUACAGAUGUUAGCUUGAUUCAGUCGAUUGAAAAUGGUUAUGACUACUUGAGAAGAAUAAGGCAUGAGUUGAACACUAAAACUUCAACUGUGAUCCAUAGCUUUCCAGCACCGGAUGCAACCGCAUUUCAUAGAGCAACGUUAUUACAAGCACAAGUGUUGCCAUCCAUAGCUAACAAGAAAAAUGUUAUAGGGUUAGUGAGGCUAUUGAAAAUGUUCUUAACGAGGCAUACACGUUGGGAAUUGGCAAAAGAGUUUACGGUAAUUUUUGAUCAUUGUAUAGAAAGAAGCUUGGGAAGUCAGUCAUUGUUUGCACGUAAGUUUUUCAAUGACAAUUCAAAGCCCACAUCCCAAAAAUGA